AUGAAGACCAGCAACCGAGUCAAGGUGAACAAUGAGAUACCAUCUUCAUUUAUAAUUAAUAGCGGAUUGAAACAAAGUAAUGCAAUGUCACCAGUGCUCUUUAAUAUGGCACUGACGAGUAUAAUAAAAAAAUUACUGCAAACUGAAACAUUAAACCAUGAAGAAGGAAAUUUCUUAUUAGUAUAUGCAAACGAUAUAGUGAUCAUUGGGAAAUCACAAGAGGGUAUUCAGAGUACUGUGAAAGAACUAAUAAAGAUAGAAAAAGAUAUUGACCAAACAAACCACAGUGGAAAAACUAAAUACAGAAUGGUAAAACAAGGAGGGGUGAUCAUAAUAACCUUUGUGAGAAAUAACAUCUUUGAACAAGUGCAUGAGUUCAAGUACCUUGGAGAUCAAUAUCAGAUUGGAUGCUGCUACCAAUGCCUUUAA